AUGGGACCAUUCCGGAACCCCUCACGGAAAUUCAGGAAUAUGUCAACGGAGGAAUACCGAAAGCACAUUGCAGCAGGUACAUGCUUUAAGUGUGGUUUGAAAUUUGGUCCCACCCACCGUUGCCCUCCAAAGACUCUCAACGUGCUAAUGUAUGACGACGGUGAUGAAAUCUUGCCCGAUGGCUCGGCCGUGGAGCCGGAGGGGGUGGAAUCCGAUCAGGAAUUAGAGUUGUCAGAAUUAUCUUCGAACGGGCUGGAUACCUCCCAGACCAUGAAAUUAUUCGGAAAAAUCGGCCAGCAUAAGGUGCUAGUAAUGGUGGAUAGCGGAGCUAGUCACUGUUUUAUUUCAGAUCAGCUUGCUACGCUACUCAAAUUACCGGUAACACCAACCAUUCCCUACUCGGUGACUUUAGGCGACGGCUCUCGGGUCAGGGCUGCGGGGAUUUGCAGAGCCAUCGCCCUGACUAUGUCCUCUGAGGUCUUUCCACUCUCGUGUUAUGUGUUUCCUCUGCGGAACAUUGAUGUUAUUUUAGGUGUGUCGUGGCUAGCUUCCUUGGGUGAUGUGACCACCAAUUGGAAUGAUUUAUCUAUGAAGUUCUCGGUGCAAGGGCGGCAUGUGGCGAUCAGAGGCGACCCUUCCUUAACCCAUCGGGCAUGCUCCGCGCGUGACAUUCAGACUUUGGAGGCGGGCGAUGCCUGUUGGGUACUCCGUUCGAUGACUGACGAUAUAUCGAAGGACCAGUUCGAAUUUGAUGUUGUCCUUUCUGCGGCAGAACGACACCAGCUCCAAAUUCUAACCGGGCGGUUUCCAGCUGUCAUCAACGGCCCCAGCUCCCUUCCACCAGCCCGGCGGACGGACCACCGCAUUACCCUCCAGCCAAGGGUUUUGCCUGUAUCAGUCAGACCCUACCGAUACAAUCAUAUCCAAAAGGAUGAGAUGGAGAGGUUGGUAGCAGAGAUGCUAGCGUCGGGCGUAAUUCAACCAAGCACAAGUCCAUAUUCAAGUCCCGUUCUACUUGUUCGGAAAAAGGAUGGUUCAUGGAGAUUUUGUGUGGAGUACCGCGAAUUAAAUAAGCGGACUGUGCCGGACAGGUACCCCAUCCCGAUUAUUCAAGAGCUUUUGGAUGAAUUGCACGGUGCUCGAUGGUUUAGCAAGCUAGAUCUGCGGGCCGGGUACCACCAAAUUCGGGUUGCCGCCCCGGACAUUCACAAACCUGCAUUUCGCACGCAUUCGGGUCACUAUGAAUUUUUGGUAAUGCCUUUUGGCCUCACCAACGCCCCCGCCACCUUUCAGAGUCUCAUGAAUGACAUCUUCCGGCCAUUUCUGCGACGGCAUGUUCUCGUUUUUUUGACGACAUCUUAG